CUUCCGCGCGCGCGCCCCACCACCAACCACAUCAUUAUGGAUCACCUCGGCGGUCCACCGGCGCCGCCGCCGACCACCACACAAACACCGACAACAACUGCUUCUGCUGCGACAUCAUCAUACACAACCCGCAACUCCAACACCUUCUCAUACACCCCAUUCCCUCUGCCCCAGCCGGACUAUCACGCCGACCAUCGCCAACACCUUCAACCACCACUCGCAUACCUGAAUCAGGAUCAGUUUGCUUCCGCCCCCGCCAACCUAGGCUUUGAGCCCUCCCCACUCGCCACCAGCUACUACUUCGACGAGGCCUAUCGCCCUUCACCUUCCCCACCCGUGCCCAACAACAGCUUUCUGGACGGCAUCCUCAACCCUGAAUCGCAAAUUUUCGGCUAUUCCGUCAUCGAACCCCCAACCCGAUCCAAUCUCACGUACCAAACCCACACCAUGCCCCCGAGCCGUGCCACUCGACGGUCCAAUGACUAUGUGGAUUUGACGAGUUUGGCCGAGGCAACGACGUCUUCGCGACCCAAACGUCACAAUUCCACAUCCGGACCAUCGUCGCACAAACGGUUGAAACGAGAGGAUGAUGCUGCCGCAUAUGUAGAGGAAGAAGAUGCAAAGCCAAUUGAUGAGAUUGAUCUGUCUGGUGACAAAGACAGCGUACAGGCCGUGUUACAGAAGCAGCGGGAAGAAGCUAUCAAAGCACAACAGAAGCCCGAAGAGAAGGCGACUACAUUCAGGAACAUCAACUGCGUCAUUUGCAUGGACACUCCGACUAAUCUUACCGCGACGUCGUGUGGCCACCUCUUCUGCCACCAGUGCCUCAUGGAAGCUUUGAUCGCUGGCGAGAAUCGCGCUGCCCCCGGCGAACCCAAGCGCUCGCAAUGCCCCGUGUGCCGAAAGAUCCUCAACCGGACAAAGGAAAGAGACAUUAUCCCGUUAGCUUUCAUGAAGGGACCCGCCACACAACCACGAAAGACAGCAACGGUCGCUGCGAUUGCAAAGACUACAUCCACUACGGUUAAGAGCACUCCUGCCACCAAGGGCGGUAGACGUAUGGCUCCAGUCGCCGGGGCAACCCCAUCUACUUUUUCUUUUAUCUCUCGCGCAGCUGCAUCUGCUAGGAGGGGUACUCGGAGGGUUGGUUAUGGCGGCGGGAAUGAGGGUUAG